UUACAGCUAAGUACUAACAACAAAAUCCAUCAACGAUGCGACACCGACAACGCUCGAUACACACAUACAAUGUCACAACUUGCCUUCUGUUGUUAUCGCUGCUAGUAGCUGCACCCAUAGCCACAAGCGCCGCCAAACAAUCGCGGUCGGAUUCAGUUGGCAAUGAUAAGCCAAGAGUCGCAGCUGCAGCGGCAACUGCUAAAGCUGUCGGCUACCAAGCGCUUAGCGCCGAAGAAAAUCAAGACGUUGGCUAUUCAGCAGCAAUUGUCACAGGUGAAGUCAAUAAAACUACCAAAGAAGACUCAUUGCUGGCGCUGGAGAACAAUGCAAAAGCCAGCUCUGCACAAAGCGAUGAAAAAACAAAAACCGUUGAGCAGGAAAGCAAGGAAUUACAAUUAGAUAUUGGUGAUGAAGACAUAGAAUUCAUAGACAAAGCCGGCGAAGAAAAUGAUAUUGCCAAUGAUAAGGAGAGCAGCUUGCAAAAGUGCGAUAAAGAGUUGAUUGGUUUCGAGAUUACUACGGGUUAUGUCUUCUCGGCACCCGGAAAGUUGUUAACUUCGAUGCCAGGCACACUGAUGUUAACGGAUUGCUUGGACGCCUGUCGGAAGGAUGCAGCUUGUCAUGCGGCAAAUUAUGAAACUGGCUUAUGUGUGCUCUUCUCAGCAAAUGCGGAUAAGCUGCCAGGUGCCCUUGCCAAGUCCCAGUUCCCCGUGUUUACGCUUUAUGCACAAAAAUCGUGUCUCAACCAACGCCCUUGCUCUCGCGCCUGGUAUAUUGAUCGCGUUCAGGGCUACAAAUUGAACGGCUACACGAAGCGCAAGUUUCCAGCGGAAACUCGUCGCGAUUGCAUACAGUUAUGUUUGGGUCAAACGGAAUUCACAUGCAGAUCGGCCAAUUUUGAUCGCAUUACGAAAACUUGUGAACUCUCCGAAAUGGAUCGUAUGACGCUGAGCGGCUCGAGCGCAUUCCAGCAGCAAGAUACUGUCGAUUAUCUGGAGAAUAACUGCGCCGAUGAGCCAAAUAAAUUGUGUGAAUUCAAGCGCUUACCCGGACGCAUAUUGAAAACGGUGGAUUCGGUGUAUCAGGAUAUUGGCAGUUUUGAUGAGUGUCGUGAUUUAUGUUUGAAUGCGCCAUACAGAUGCCACUCGUACGACUACGGCGACACCGGUGAUAUGGUUUGUCGUCUCUCCCACCACAGCCGCAUCACACUUAACGACGUGCAAGAUCCUUAUCUAUCGGUACCCGAAGCAACGACGUACGAACUCUCAUCUUGCUACAAUGUGACCAUCGAAUGCGGCGCCGGCGAUAUGAUUGCGCGCAUACGCACCUCCAAACUCUUCGAUGGUAAAGUAUACGCUAAGGGUUCACCAAAAUCUUGCGCUGUGGAUGUGAAGAGCUCGCUGGAAUUUGAGCUACGCAUGGGCUAUCAAAAUCUCGAAUGCAACGUGCGUCAAAGCAACACCGGUCGCUAUAUGAAUGAUGUGGUGAUACAACAUCACGACACCAUUGUGACCUCCUCCGAUUUGGGUUUGGCCGUGACGUGUCACUAUGAUUUGACAAAUAAAUCGGUGACGAAUAAUGUGCUGCUGGAUAUUAAGGACGAUUUCGAGCCUGCCUUGAGCGAAGAGGUGAUCGUCGAUUCGCCGAAUGUGUUAAUGAAGAUCACGUCACGUGAUGGCAGUGAUGUGCUGCGCACAGCGGAAGUCGGUGAUCCGUUGGCACUGAAGUUCGAAAUAUUGGAUGCGCAAAGUCCUUACGAGAUAUUCGUGCGUGAGCUCGUUGCCAUGGAUGGUAGCGAUAAUGCCGAGAUUACGCUGAUCGAUUCCAACGGUUGUCCCACCGAUCAAUUUAUAAUGGGUCCGAUUUACAAGAGUGCGGCUUCGGGGAAAGUCUUGCUCGCACAUUUUGAUGCCUUCAAAUUUCCAACGUCUGAGUUGGUACAAUUCCGCGCCUUGGUCACACCCUGCAUGCCGACUUGUGAGCCGGUGCAAUGCAAUCAAGCGGAUAUCGGCGGCGAAUUGAAGUCAAUGAGUUCGUACGGACGCAGACGACGUGCGCUAAAUGGGACAGCAUUUGAGGGCGCUGUAUAUACAAGCCACGAACUACAACAACAAUUACUGGAACAACAACAUCAACAACUCAUAAGCCGUCAACGACUUUUACGCCUGCGUAGUAAACGUGCCGCAGUUGCCUCCACCUCGACCAGCCAACCUAGUCAAGAGGAUAUGUUGUUGGUGCAAUCAAUACAGAUCACAGACAAAUUCGGCUUCGAUAAGCAGCGCCAACAGAAGCAUACCAAAACCUUGUCGAAUGAUGACAAUGAGAAGACGCUCAUCGGCGGCAAUGCUGAGUUAGGAUAUUGCGUUAAUGCGAUCGGUCUCAUAUUGGCUCUCACCGUUUUUCUGCUGGCUCAAUUGGCUAUAAUCGCUGUCUGGACCUACUUGCGUCAGCGACGACGAAAGCCUGCCGUUAGAGAAAGACCUAGCAGUUCGAAAGCAUAUGCCACACGUGGUGGCAACUCUACAAAAAGCUCAACAGCAAUGAGCAAAAGCUCUACAAGCACGCGAACAGAGUCGCUAUGCAAAGUUUACGACCGAGCUUUCGACGGACGACACGGCAGGCAAUUUUAAUUGCAUUUGAGAUAUUUCUUCAAUGAAAAAACAAAAAUUUUGCAGAAUGGACUAAGUGGUGAAUAAUUACUUCU